AUUCAAGGCAAAGGAUAAUGUCAAGUCGGUGGUUUCUGUUGUGUUAACAAGUUAUAAUGUUUUUUAAUUUUGUUCUUUUACAUUUAAAAAUAUCUUUAAUCAAAACGUGUGGAUAAAAUAUAUUUAACAAAUACCAAUCAUCUGUACUCAACAAUUUGACGUACAAAUCAGAAGAAUACAUUAAAAAUGUAACAGUGUCUAUAACGGUACCAGUAAAUCUUGAACCCAGAUCUGGUAUUUCCUAAAGGAUGAGAUAAAUUAAACCGGUUUCUCACAUCUGCACGACAUAAAUUAAUGCUAAAUAUAAUUUGAAUAUUUAAAUAGCAUUAAAUAAAGGCGUGAUAAGAUAGAGUUUUUUGAAAAAUGGAUAAUCAAAGACCUGAGGUUACUUUUUUAUUCCAAUUUGGACUUAUCAGGGAUGCUGUUACAGUUCCGCAGGCCUCUUUGAAUCUCAAAACUAUCAAGAAUCUCGCAGUUAGCUUUCUUAACUCUAAGAUCCCAGAUCAUGGAAUUAAUAAAUUAGAAGAUCGCAUUUUAUUAUUUAGACAUGCCUAUAACUCAAAUAAUAUCUUACAAUUGAUUAAUUCUGCUUCAGAAAUCUUAGACGAAACCUUAGUAGAAAUAGUUUUAACUGGAAAAGCGGUUACUACAAGCUCUUCAGUACCAGAUAUAACUAUCGUUAAACCCCAUGCUUUGUCUGUACAUUCAUACAAAACUCCAACAUUCUGUGAUUUUUGUGGAGAGAUGCUCUUUGGUUUAGUUAGACAGGGACUCAAAUGUGAAGGUUGUGGCCAAAAUUAUCACAAGAGAUGUGUUGUUAAAGUUCCAAACAAUUGCUCUUACACUCUUUUGGAUGAUACUGAAAAACGUCGUCGAUCGACAUCGGCGAAUCUCCAGGUUCCUAGGAGUCCUUCUGGAGGUUCAAAUACUUCACUAGCAUCAGCAAGCUCCACUCAAACAGAGGAUAGUGGAUUGUUCCAGAGUAAUAAUAGGUCGCCUUCGUUAGGCGGUAGACCAGUUUGGAUAGAAAAAGAGAUGUCCGCGAGAUUAAAAAUCCCCCAUACUUUCGUUCUCCAUACUUAUACGCGACCGACUGUGUGCCAAUAUUGUAAAAAGUUACUCAAAGGUUUGUUCAAACAAGGUUUACAGUGCAAAGAUUGUAAUUACAACGCACACAAAAAGUGUCUUCAGAAAGUACCCAAAGAUUGUACUGGAGAGCUCCCUAGAGAUAUAUCAGGAGGUUUAGAAAACGCCAGUAAUUGCGCUAGUAUAGAUAAACAUUUAAAUUCCGCCUUAGAAGAAGAUACGAAUACUGCUAAAGAAUCUUCUAAUACCGAUAAUGAUAGUAAUAAAUAUAUUGAAGUUAUACCAGUUCAUGAUGACGACGACAACGAUUUAACGCCAUCCAGUUCUUCUUCUUCUCCAAGUGCCAACAUUCCUUUGCAACGAAUAGUUCAAUCUGUCAAACAUACAAAACGAAGAGGCUCUAAAGUUAUAAAAGAGGGCUGGUUAGUCCACUUUACAAACAAAGAUAAAACGAUAAGGCGACAUUUUUGGAGACUCGAUACAAAAUCCAUAGUUUUAUUCCAAAGCGAACAAAGUUCCAAGUAUUAUAAAGAAAUACCUUUAUCUGAAAUAUUAACUAUAGAUACAGCUAGGAUCAAACAAGGAGACUGUAUGCAUUGUUUUGAAAUAAGAACAACCAAUAUCGACUAUUUCGUCGGACAAGAUCCUCUUUGUAACUUACAAGAAGGUAAUAUGGUAAAUUUACCACCACCCGAUAGUGGUGUCGGGGCAUAUCUUGCCAAAAGUUGGGAAAGCUCCAUUCGUCAAGCGGUAGUACCCGUACAAGCCAACCAACAACAUGAAGAAACUGGCGCCAGUGAAGAACAAAUAACUGAUAUGAGUCAGUUAUAUCAGAUUUAUCCGGACGAAGUACUUGGUUCUGGUCAAUUUGGUAUAGUUUACGGAGGUGCACACCGAAAAACAACCAGACCCGUUGCUAUCAAAGUAAUCGACAAACUAAGAUUCCCAACCAAACAAGAGGCUCAACUAAAGAACGAAGUGGCUAUAUUACAAAAUUUGUCACAUCCAGGCGUCGUUAAUCUCGAAAGGAUGUUCGAAACUCCGGAAAGGAUUUUUGUUGUUAUGGAAAAACUGAAAGGUGAUAUGUUGGAGAUGAUUUUAUCACACGAUAAAGGAAGAUUAACGGAAAGGGUUACUAAAUUCAUUAUUACACAAAUACUUGUAGCUUUAAAGCACUUACAUAGUAAAAAUAUCGUGCACUGUGAUUUAAAACCGGAAAAUGUACUUUUGAGUUCCGAUGCCGAGUUUCCUCAAGUGAAACUUUGCGAUUUCGGAUUCGCUAGAAUCAUAGGAGAAAAAUCGUUCCGUAGAUCUGUAGUUGGCACUCCUGCUUAUCUAGCACCUGAGGUACUUCGUAAUAAAGGUUAUAAUAGAUCUUUGGAUAUGUGGAGUGUGGGGGUUAUAAUUUACGUCAGUUUGAGUGGUACGUUUCCCUUUAACGAAGACGAAGAUAUAAACGAACAAAUUCAAAAUGCUGCUUUCAUGUAUCCGCCCAAUCCUUGGAAGGAAAUAUCUUCAGAUGCUAUUAAUUUGAUAAAUAAUUUACUGCAGGUGAAACAGAGAAAGAGAUAUACUGUCGAUAAGUCACUGGUUCAUAUCUGGUUGCAGGACUACCAAACGUGGUGCGAUCUGCGAACCUUAGAGAAUCAGGUGGGCGUGAGGUAUUUAACGCACGAAUCGGAUGACCAACGUUGGGAACAAUAUAGAGCCGAAGUAUGACCCGAAAAAGGAUGGUUGCAUUCGAUUAAAAAGUGCCUUCGGAGUAUGCGCACUUAAAUAUAAAAAAAAAAGAGAAAUCUGAUCGCUCAUCAUAUGUUAUAUUAGUUCAUAUAAAAUUUGGUUUGACCUAGAGAAAAUGUUUUUGGCUUUUAAAAACUCACUUGCAGUUUUUGAAAUUUUUUCUAUUAACGCCUCUACCACAUACAAGGUUAUAAUUAGCUGGCUCAAAUUCUAAUAUGAAAUAAUCAUCAAUUUUAAUGAUUUUAGGUCUGGUCUCUUUUAUAGAAAUUAUUUUUGACUCACCUUCGAUGUUAAUCGAUAUAUUACCUGGCAUUCACAACACUGAUUCAUACCAUAACAAACAAAGAUUUCCUUUUUUAAUGUAGAUCAAAAAACAAAAUCCAAUUGACGAUGAAUGAAGGCGUAAAAUGAUAACAAAUGCAAUCAAAACAUCCGAAAUGUUAUCAAGUGGCAACACUGUGUACUCUCGUCUUUGCGUCGAUCGUAAAUAUCCUAUCCGACGAUUUGGCUCGAACCUUUUGACGAAUUAGGAUAUGAUUCUUUACGAGUCGAAGAGAGGAAAACUCCACUGCCAGAUGAAGAUCUCAUGAUGGCCCCAGUCACCUCGUCAAUGGAAUCCAACAGUUAUUCUUCCGUGAAACCGUUAUCGUUUUGUCCCGCUCGAAUCAAAACCAGCUGCAGAUUCGAUCGUUCCUCCGAUUUCGCGUAGCUAACACCUGGUAUUACUGCCGGUGGCUUUUGCAGCCAACUUGUUCGAUAGGCGUAGAACCAGAGGUUCUUAGCUCUCUAUUUGUUUGCUCAGAACCCUCGAGAGAAAGAGGAGGAUUUGUCAUGGUCCCUGUACUUACAGGGACCUUGGAAUUUCGCCAAGUUUCCCGCAGGCAUUGCUUGCGACAAAUUGUAUUUAGGUUUUAAUGAAAACUGAAUCUGCACUAGCAAUAACGAUGAUGGUGCUGUUUAGUUGUAAUAUUUAAAAAACAGUAUUUUUUCAUUUUAAUUGCAAUUAGUUAAUUUGGUGUUAUUAGAAUUUGAGUGAUAAAUAAAUUGUCGAUUUGAAAUCAGUUGGUGCUGUUAGAUGCCUUGAAUAGUGAAAGACAACCCCAAUAUUUAGCGUUUUUGUACAUUUUUUCUUCGGUCAAAUUCAAAUAAACAUAAAACUUGUACUUCCAUAUUGCUUGUAAUACUCAAAGUUUAAAAAAAUGAUAUACGCAGUUUUAGGAAAGUUACUUAAUUAUAUUAUAAAAAUUAAGCAUUC